AUGGACAGCAGACGGGAGACAGAGGAGAGAAAGAGGGAGAAGCGCUACACUGUGCUCAUUCAACAGGUAGGGCUGGCGUUUUCCACAGCACCAGCCCCUACAGGAACACCAAAGAUUUGGCCACGGGAGUUCUGGGCGAGUCAGCUGGGACCCUGCCUGAUCGGGGAAGCUCAGGCAGUCUACCAAGCUAUGAGCGACCUCAACGCCGCCAGUUACGACCUGGUCAAGCUUGCCAUCCUCCGUCUCCUCAACAUUACGGCAGAGACCCACCGGGUAUCACAGUACAAGAGAGACCUUACCGGAUCCCGGAAAGUCGACAAAGUGUCUUUCGCAAAGAGGGGACCCAAGCUCUGGGCCCACGAAAACCUCCUGUCCCUAAAGGCAGUUCAUCUGCCAGGGGUGACGAACUGGGCAACAGACUUCCUUUCAAGAGAUUUGGAUUACUCUGUGAGAAUUCUGCUAUACUCACUGAUUUUCCUGCUCAGUGUCUUUGGAAACACAUUGAUUAUCAUCGUUCUGAUCUUGAACAAACGAUUGCGAACUGUCACCAAUUCCUUCCUGCUCUCGCUGGCCCUAAGUGACCUGAUGGUGGCUCUUUUUUGCAUGCCAUUCACCCUCAUCCCCAACCUGAUCGGGGACUUCAUCUUUGGGGAAGCCAUGUGCAAAACUGUGGCCUACUUUAUGGGAAUCUCAGUAAGUGUGUCUACCUUCAGCCUGGUGGCUAUAGCCAUUGAGCGUUACAGUGCUAUCUGUAACCCACUCAAGUCUCGGGCAUGGCAGACCCGUUCUCAUGCCUACCGUGUCAUUGCCUCCACCUGGAUCCUGUCUCUGAUCAUCAUGAUCCCAUACCCUGUCUUCAGCACCCUGAUGGCAUUCCCCAAGGCCAACAACUCCACUGGACACAACUGCCGUCUCAUGUGGCCCAAGGACCAGGUGCAGCAGGCCUGGUACCUGAUGCUGCUGUUUACUCUGUUCUUUAUCCCUGGUAUUGUGAUGAUAAUUGCCUAUGGACUAAUUUCCCGGGAACUGUAUAGAGGAAUCCAGUUUGAACUGGGCCAGAAAAAAGAAAUCACUGCCCACAAAAAUGGCCUCAAUGUAAUGGGCAAUCUGGCAACCAGCAGUGACGAGGGAGAUGGCUGCUACAUUCAAGUGACGAAGUGUCAGAACACGGUGGAAAUGUCCACUCUGAACCCUAGUGGUGGAACCAAGAUGGACAGAGCUCGUAGCAGCACCUCUGAGGCCAAGCUCAUGGCCAAGAAGCGCGUGGUCCGCAUGCUCAUCGUCAUUGUUGCCAUGUUUUUCAUCUGCUGGAUGCCCAUCUACUCUGUCAACACCUGGCGGGCCUUCGACCACCACACUGCACACAAGGUCCUCUCUGGGGCUCCUAUUUCUUUCAUCCACCUGUUGUCUUAUACAUCUGCCUGUGUCAACCCCAUAAUCUACUGCUUCAUGAACAAGCGUUUCCGCAAAACAUUUCUAGCUACGUUCGCCUGCUGCUGGAGGCCUUGCUGUCAUUUUCAAGAGACAAAAGAUGACGUCGCCGGUACUGGGGCCUCGCUGUCUAAAUUCAGCUACACCACUGUCAGCACACUGGGUCCCUCAUGACCAGUCCCUGUGAACUGAGAGACAGGGAAAACCAUAGGCAACUGUAUGAUACUGGACAAGACAUCCUCAGCUGUAUGACAUUUUUUUUUUUUUUUUAAAUGUCUCUUGAUCACCAUAUUCAUUUUUUUUUGUUUGUAUUGUUUUCUUGUAGUAGCUCAUCAUGGAAGCCAGAAUACUGGGUGGAUUUGAAAAGUCAGAUAGCAAGUUUCCUUUGUUGAGAAUAUUUGCUGCAUUUUUUUCAGGACCCACAAACCUGCUGCUUCUGCUUUCACCAGUAUUAUCUGGUUUAUUUUACUUCUUACUUUUGGUUACAAAUGGUACAGUUUUGUCCAGUAUAUCAUUAAGAUUGUUAUGUAGACAGAAGUCUGGGUUAUUCCACUCAGUGAGAACACUAUAACAAUUUUAAACAAUACAGCCAAACCUAUACAGUACUAGUAUCAUAUUCAAACAAAAGUCGUUUUAAAAAUGCUGUUUGAGUAUUAUUUAAUGGAGUAUCUAAGAGUAGUAUAUAGUAUAAAAGACUAUACUUGCAAAAUUGCCACUGCUUUGGAAUUUACUAAUUCCAGUUAUCCACAUAGAAACAUAUUGAGAUUACUUGAGAUGCGAUCGAGAUUGAUUGUUCCCCUGAGGUCUGAUCUGAGAUCAUUUUACCUGAACUGCACAACAAUAACAUGUAAGAUUACUGUUCAAAAUCACACCACCCUGCAAUCUAAAAUAAGAAAAAUAACAAUUUUAAACUACAGAUUAAUGAAACCUCUAACUUUCUAAAAGUGCAUUUCUCAAAAAUGUAAAUAAUAAUAAAAAGUUAUUACAAACUUGUAAGAGCGGGAUACAUUUUACAGGAAACCGAAAUAACUGAAAUGGGCAUUUAAAACCGUAUAACUGAAAUGGGCAUUUAAAACAGUAUAACUGAAACGUGCAUUUAAAACAGUUUAACUGAAAUGGGCAUUUAAAACCGUUUAACUGAAAUGGGCAUUUAAAACCGUUUAACUGAAACGUGCAUUUAAAACUGUUUAACUGAAAUGGGCAUUUAAAACCGUUUAACUGAAAUGGGCAUUUAAAACCGUUUAACUGAAAUGGGCAUUUAAAACCGUAUAACUGAAAUGGGCAUUUAAAACAGUUCAACUGAAAUGGGCAUUUAAAACCGUUUAACUGAAACGUGCAUUUAAAACCGUUUAACUGAAACGUGCAUUUAAAACAGUUUGUAUAAACCAUGUGGGGUUGUAGAACUUAACUGGGAGUAAAUAUAUUUCAUUAUGCAUGGAUCGCUUGCUUGGGCUUGCAUGAAUACACAAGUUUAACCCACUAAACCAUCAAUAUUAAUAGAAUACUACUCGUCAGUAUUAAAUUUGGACCAAACAAUUUCAUCUAUUUAUUUGAAUACUUGCAAAAAGUGUAUAAAGUAGGGUUACAUUUAGAUGUGUUAUCAUGUUGCACUAAUUGCUGACCGAAAGAAAAUGUUAUUUUUCAUAUAUGUAACAUAUACCGACAAUUAUUAAUGAACAACAUUUGAAUUGAAAUAGCAUUUGUAUGGACAAAAGUUUUAAAUAUAGAUUUUUUUGAUUUUGUAGUUUAAUUGUUAAUCAACAAAUUCAUUUUUAAAAUGCAGUACAUCUGGUACAGUACUCACAUGAUACCCCUACAUAGAGAGAAACAAUCUAAAGCACAAAUCAUCUUGUUAAGGAACAAGUGUAUACAGCCCAUUAACUUCCUAAAAGCUCUGUUACACUCUGCUGGAAGAAGAAGGUAUUGGUUUUACACUUCAAGCUGAACUGCACGAUAAGCGCUGUAUUCUGUGACGUGCAUCGGGGUACCGCAAGUUUACUUGUAUGUUAAUUAAAAUAAUCUGCAGUGUGGGGGAUUAGCUGCUGCUGGGAACAGCUUGCUUCCACCUGCCCCCUUUCCUUGUCAUUCCAGAGCACAUUUAUUAUUAAUAUGACUAUUUAGUAAAUGUUGGGAGAUACAGGACCCAACUGCUAACUGCUUUAUAGGGACUGGGUACAUUUGAAAGUAUUACAUAUUGUAUAAUGUACACAAUACACUUUUGGUUGUAAUAUAAUAAAAAUUAUAUCAAAAGUGCCUGAAAUG